AUGGCUGACAAAGUUUACAAGAAAACCAGUGGAAAUGGCCAGCUCACUCUUUACCUCGGGAAGAGAGACUAUGUUGACCACGUGGACUCAGUCGACACUGUUGAGGGUGCCGUGAAAAUUGACCCUGCGGAUCUCGGAGACAAAAAAGUUUGGAUUCAGCUGGCCUGUGCUUUCCGUUAUGGUCGUGAAGACCUGGACGUGAUUGGACUUUCCUUCAGAAAAGACAUCUGGAUUCAACACAUACAGCUCUAUCCUGAAGCAGGACACAAACCCACCCUGACAGAGAUGCACAACACUCUCCUGAAGAAAGCUGGAGAGCAGGGCCAUCCCUUCACUUUCAAUAUUCCUACCAACCUCCCUUGCUCUGUUACGCUUCAGCCUGGGCCAGACGACAAAGGAAAAGCUUGCGGUGUUGACUUUGAGGUUAAAGCCUACGUGGCCAAAUCAGCCGAUGACCCCGAUGAGAAAGUUGAUAAGAAGGAUACUUGCCGUCUUGUCAUUCGUAAAAUCCAGUUUGCACCUGAUAACACAGGAUCUGGACAGAAAGCCGAGCUCUGCAAGAGCUUCAUGAUGUCCGAUAAGCCUGUUCUUCUGGAAGCCUCUCUGGAUAAGGAGAUCUACUACCAUGGGGAUCCAAUCCCUGUCAAUAUCAAGAUCAAGAACGAGACCAAUAAAGUUGUGAAGAGGUUAAGGGUUACAGUUGACCAAACUACAGACGUCGUCCUGUACUCAGCUGACAAAUACACCAAAAAUGUGCUGACUGAAGAGUUCGGAGAAACUGUAGAAGCCAAUUCAUCUUUUGAAAAGUCCCUUGAUAUUAUUCCUUUACUGGCAAACAACAAGGAGAAACGUGGCCUGGCGCUGGAUGGCAGGCUUAAAGAUGAAGACACCAAUCUGGCCUCAACCACUAUAAUAAGAGCAGGAAUGGAUAAGGAGAUGUUGGGAAUCCUGGUGUCCUACAAGAUCAAGGUUAACCUCAUGGUAUCAGGUGGAGGUCUGCUUGGAGGCCUGACAGCAAGUGAUGUGACAGUAGAGCUGCCUCUGACCCUCAUGCACCCCAAACCCAAAGCGAGACGGCAGAAGAAAAAGCUCCCCAUUAAGCAAAGAAGGCAUCUUAGAGGAAGGCAGGAGUACCUCACAACCAGGAAAACACAUCAGUAUCACUUAGUGAAGCCGCUAGGUCAUAUUGAUGAUGAUGAUGAUAAGACAAUGGUUUAA